UGCUGUUAUUUCAGCACAGAGCUUUCUUGGCAUCUUUCAAUACUAGUAAAAUAUAAUAUGAAAUACUUAAUUUGCUUGGGAUUCUUGGCCUCCUUGGCUGUUACCAGUGUUUUGGCUAUUGCUGGUCAAUCUGCUUGCCGUGAUCCCUCUGAGGUUGGUCACACCUAUCCCCAUCAUUGGGAUCCCUCCAAAUACUGGUAUUGUGAAAAAUUAAAUGAAGUUGCUUUGGAGCUGGACUGUCCUAAGGGUGAGGCCUAUAUGCAUUUGUUGAAGGCGUGUAUCCCUUGGCCAAAUUAUGUCUGGAAGAAACCUGAGAAUCCCCCUACUGUUGCUUAAUUUUAAUAUCAUGAAUAAAAAGUAAAAAAAUAUAUUUAAAAA